GUGACCUUGGCUCCGUAGUGACGUUUUGAAUUCGAACUCUAGAGGUCGCGUAUAUUUCUCUCGAGAUGAAUCCCAUCAUCUUCGAUGAUGUAGCCAAUUCUAUAUUCAAGCUGCGGAUGUAUCCGUAUUUUGAUAUCGCUAAUUACAUUUUGAUGAGUAUAUCCGUAAAAGAAGAUACUCCUCAAUCUGGCUCUGUAAGUUUCUCGAGACGUCAUCCAUUUUCGUGCUGGUUAGCUACUAUGCUUAUGUGUUUUGGAGGGGCCAUCCUUUCUAAUUUCAUCACAGGAUCACCUCUAUUCGAAUGUUUUGACGACACAAUCUCCGUUUUAACGGCUACUGUUGUAUGGUAUCUCAUAAAUUAUUUCCCAUUUGAUCUUCUGUAUCGACUUUGCAAAAUACUACCUGUUCGACUACUGGUGUGCUCAUUAAAGGAGGUUCAGAGAGCGAAAAAGAUUUUUAUGGGUGUACAUCAUGGUCUUCAUCUGUUCCCAAACUCGCCUGUGAUGUGUGUUCUUCUAGGUCUUUUGAAGGGUGAGUAUUGCAAGCUGAAUGAUACAUCUUUAUAUCCAAACUGAUAUUUGUAGGUGUUGGUAGUCUAUAUAUGCGUCCUGUUUCGAAUUAUGUUUUGGGUAUCUGGGAUCGGAAAAACAAUCCAUUUAUAAUUGUCAACUUGUGAGUCAGGUCUUGUUUUAAGUGUUUGUUAAGUCGGAUUUACAUUGGGAGCUUCUUGGUUCUGUACGCGAAGCUGAUUCUAGCCAUUUAGAUAAUACGGACUCUAUUAAAUGGCUUUUUAGGAUAGCAUACGUAUAUGAUUUAAUUCACACUUAACUAAACUUUAACUUCUUAAUGUGUAACCUGAAACCAAUAUAGACUGCCCAGUUCAUCCUGAUACAUUGUACUCCUGCUUUGCUUCCACGAUCGUGAAUGAGGUGCAUAUGAUCAAACUAAUUACCAUCUUAGCCAUUAUAAACUGCCCUUAGUAGACAUAGAUUUUGCGUAGGAAAUGAGAAACAAUGGGGAAGUUUGUUUGCUUUGUUUUUUUCCUGGUUAGUCUUAGCAAAUUUUUCGUCCAUCUAGUAUUUUUUAACGUUAAAACCUGAAAUAUGUAUUUUAAAGGAUUGAUGAUCAAUUUGGAGUAGGUUUUCGGAAUCUCGCUAGGUGCAUGUCACAGUGUUUGGCUGGAUGAUCUUCCAUAGAUUGCUGAAGAACUUCAUGGUUGAUAUGGCUCUUUUGCUCAGUAGUAUGCUUCUAAAAGAACAUGGGGUUCAUCUGUUUAAGUCGCCUUUAUAUUAUUUUAUCUACAUUAAUUAGCCAGUCAUAGUCAGUAAGUGCACCUGCUUCACUGCAGUUGAUUCUAAACAAUGUCAUCCAACGUCACCCGCCAUUGGUUAUGACAGGUCUACAUACCCGUCAGGUAGUGUGCACCUACCAACACGACUCCAUCCAACAUUCAAAGACUUCAUGUACUGAUGAUACGCCUUGACUUGUCCUUUAACUUUCAAUCCCCAUUGGGUUUUUGUAAACACUUUUUCUUUUGUCAUUUAUUUAUUUAUUUGAACACAAUUAUUGGUACAAGAGGGCACCAAAUAUAUAUGCACACACAGAACAAUGGGAACGGAAAUAGAAAAAAAGAAGGUAAGGUACGUAAAAGAAAAAAAGAAUAAUAACGACCAGAUUAGUUUACGGUAGUGUAAUAAUAAUAAUAAUAAUAAUAAUAAUAAUAAUAAAAAUAAUAAUAAUAAUAAUGGAGGAAACGGAAAGAUGCAACCAGAAGAAAUCUUUCAGUUAAGGAAGAUACAGCCACCUUUUAUGAAGAAAGUAAAAGAAGGUCACAGCAGGAUCACCACUGGUUUCUAUUCUGAGCCAUAUCUGAUAACGUCUCUAGCCACUGUGUUGCACCAUCUCUCGGACCCCAACCAGGGAAUCGUGAAGGACCAACAGAAGCCAGCCCUCUGCAGUUUUCUUUCAUACCACGACACCAUGUCAUGCACUGACCACCUCCGCUUUUUCCAACCAGUCCCAGAGUCGGCAAAUAAUGCACGACGUGGAAUUCUUUGGAACGACAUUCGUAGAACAUGUCCAAGCCACCGAAGUCGAUGUUUCAAGAUAGUGACAUCAAUUGCACUAUCGUCUCUGUGCCCGAACACACGAUGCCGCACCUCUGCAUUACUGACAUGGUGUUGCCACUGAAUAUCAGCAAUCCUUCGGAGACAACGAUGAUCAAACGUAGGGAGUCGUCUAACAUCAUCAACUCGAAGAGGCCAGGUUUCACAAGCAUAGAGCAAAACUGCUCUCACUGACGCGUUGUAGAUCCGACCUUUUACAGCCAGACUGACCUCACGAAGGCGCCAAAGAUGGCCCAGAUUGGCAUAAGCCGCUCUGGCUUUCACUAUACGUGCAUUGAUCUCAUCACUGAUGCCACCACUAGCACUUAUGCAACUACCCAGAUACACGAACUUCUCGACUACUUCUAUCUGCUCACCAUCCAGGAUGAGUACAGGAUUAGAAUCCUGCCAGUCUUGUAGAAGAACUUUGCACUUCGAAGGUGCAAAGCGCAUACCGUACCUACGGACAUUGAUUGCCAACUGAUUAAGUGCGGAUUGCAUGCCUUGGGCAUUACCGCACAGUAAGACAAUAUCGUCCGCAUACUCAAGGUCGAGAAGUCUUUCUCCAGGCAACAGAUCCACACCACCAUUACUUACAUUCAUCAGAGCUGUUUCCAGAAUGUCAUCGAUGGCAAAGUUGAAGAGGAAUGGUGAGAUUGGGCAAACCUGUCUAAGCCCACUGCUCGAAUGGAACAAUGGAGAGAGGUGGUUGUAUGCCCUCACUCUGCCUGAGGCGUUUGUGUAUAGGGCUUUUAGGAUGUUAAUAAACUUCUCAGGCACACCCUUCUUCAAUAGACAAUCCCAGAGAACAGUCUUAUCCAACGAAUCGAAGACAGCCCUGAUGUCAAGAAACACUACGAUUGUUGGCCUUUGAAAAGUAUCACGGUGUUCUAACAUUUGGCGAAGGGUGAAGAUAUGAUCAAUACAUCCUCGACCAGAACGAAAACCAGCCUGCUCCUCGCGAGUCAAUUUUUCUCGGGUUUUGAACAACCUACGAAGUAUGACGGAAGCCAAUAGCUUGGACGCAAUCGGAAGUAGACUUAUCCCCCGAUAGUUGUAACAGGAACGACGUGAACCCUUUUUGAAGAUAGGGACAACUAUCGACUCAUUCCAUGACAUUGGUACACUCUCUAGCUCCCACACCUUUGUAAACAACGUCGUCAAUUCCUUAGUCAGAAAGUCACCACUAUCUUUAAAAAGAGCCGGAGGUAAGUCAUCUGGACCAGGUGAUUUGUAACGCUUCAAGAGUUGGAGUACCUUGCGGAAUUCCGCCUCAUUUGGUGGAUCAGUCGUCACCGGCCGUGGAGGGCAGGACAGUCUGACCGAUGUUGCCGGAGCAGCAGGCCAGUUGAACUGCCCUUCGAAAAAUUCUGCCCAUCGUCCAAGACGUCGAUGGAUGUUAGUGAUUGGCAUCCCACCAUCCUCGCAGAUUGUUUCACUCACACCAGACUUCUUGCUGCCAGUGGCUCGGAUGAAUUGGAAGAGCUUCCGGUAAUUACCAGAUGCAGCUGCUGCUUUCAACUCAUUAGCGCGCUCCGACCACCAGGCUUCUCGGUUCUUACGCAAGCUUUGCCCGAUUUCAUUACGUAACAGCCUUCGUUUGUGGUCAGACUCACAGUCACCCGGAGUAGACCGACGGGCUUCGACGAGUUGUAAGUAGCCUGAAGAAACCCAGUACUUAUAAGUGGGACGUUUCGCAAAGCCUCAAGCGGCUUUACUCGCCGUUUCGAUGGCGUCAUGAAUUUGCAACCCGUGCUCAUCUAUACUUUCCGGUGGGAUGGUUGCUAGCCUAGAAGCUAGCUCGGUUCGAUACUUAGUUGCAACAGAAGUUGCAACCAAUUCGCUGUCAUCAAUCCGUUGGUUUCUUUUAACUGUUUAGGUAAAUGUAUACUGUACUGACAAUAUUAAACGACUUAUCAGCCGGUCAGGAGAGUGUUUUCAGCUAUUUAGCGAUUUAUAAUAUAAGUAAUAAAUUCAGACAGACGAACAUUUUUGACAUUAUUAAUUAACAUGUACAUAAUCAACUAUUGAUUUCAGUAAACGGAAAAAUGUGAGGGCUAAGAACUAGCAGUUGGGUUGGGGUUAGGAAUUAAGGUUCGCGUUCUUACAAUUGAUGACCAGCUAUAAUACAAGAAUGCUUUGUAGCCUUAUGGAUGUAUGAAUUUCGCUUAAAAGUUUAAGAGGCAUUUUGAAUCUGACUAAUCCGUCCAUAGGUUAUGGUACCGCCACCCUGUCUUAACUGUGAUUGGUUUUUUGGUAUAGUAUACUCUUACCACUUGGUACAAUACUACAUUGACCUUCAUUACGUGUAAUUCAACAUCUAAUUUUUACCUCAGGUUGUUAGUAAGUAAACUAAACCAUUAAAACAUAGAACUUGAUCGAUAAUUUUUAAAAAAUAUUAUACUAGGCGACUAGAUAAUUUACUUCACGAAGACUAAAUCAUUCCAUUAAGCACUUAACCUAAAGUGUCUAAUGAAAUUCAGCUUAAAAGCCUACAUUUAACCACAAGAUUCAAACCAGUAGCUCAUUUACCAGUGCGAACUUCUUAUAAACAUCUAAAAAUAUCCAUUCUGUCGAAAAGAUAGCUCAGUAUCAAUAACUCUUCGUCUGUCUCUAGAUUUCAAGUUCAGAAAUUAAUUUGCACUUCUUAUUCCUCGAAUUCCUUCCGGAAGCAUAUUCUACAUGCUUAAUCCUUUUUGUUAUCGUUGAUAUCAUUGAUUUGGUACUCAUCUUGAUAAUUUGAUCUUGGGUAGAUAUGGCCAGUUAAACUGAUGUAAAUUUGCAAUAAGUUUUAUGUUGUUUAUGACUAACUGUCAGAAAGACAAAGAUGUUUGGCUAUAUAAACUCAACUACCAUUCAGUCCACAACUCAGUGUUAUCUAAAAACUGCAGUCAGUUUUUAGAUAGUUCGGAAAUCAAUAAUGUUGAGUAUGAAUGGUUGCUGUUAUUUAUUAAAAUGGUACGUGACCCUGACAGUCAUAAUGCUGCGUAAGUCAUUUAUACAGACAGAUUAGUCAGGUCUGUAAAAUGCAAGGAUUUACGACCUUCAAAGUUGGAAAUAAUGUCUUGUGUGUGCCGAACUGGAUGGUUUGUGUAUACAUUUUUCAGAAGUCAAAGUAUCAGCUUUAAUUAGUGUAAGUAAUGAAAAGUAGGAGCUGAAUAAAGUAAUAUAUGACCAGGGAAGGUAAUCCGUCAUUGUAUUUUACUUUAGAAAAUAUAAGUUGUUGCACAUUGGUUUGUUCGCUAAGUUUUCGAUCAGUUGAUGACGGAUUCAAACUACUUUGCUCAUUUGGUUUCGCAAUAAAAUUGAAUCAUUACCUUUAAAUUAUUCUUUACGACUAGUAAACUAUUGUGCCAUCGUGGUGCAUAGUUUGGGUUAUUAUUGAUGUAAUACUUCAAAAGGCUUAAAAUUAUGUGCUUUUUUAUUCGUUGUUUUGCAUUUUUUAUUCUUUUGUUAUCAAACUAAUCUUUACAUAUUCGGAAAUAAAAUAACGAAACGAUAUAUUUGAUAUUCUUUGAUUGUAUCAUUGAAAUAGACAAAUAGACUUUAAUGGUUUUCAAGUAUUAUUACCAAAUUUCGACUUCAUAAUUUCAUAUAAAUUGAGCUUUCAGAGGAUCGUUUAUAGUAAAGCAAUAUACUUAUAACAUUCCAGUGAGUAAGCAAAUUGAAUUUUUGAUAUCUCGCGACUUAGUAUAAGAAACUUUUCCAGAGAAUAAAUAAACGAGUCGACACAAUUUCCUACUCAUUGGGAUAUUAUAAAUAUGCUGUUAUUUGAAAGGUUUUGCUACCCCUUAUUUGUUAGUCUUUCUUGACCUAUUUCGUUUUUAUAUUAUCCUAAUACAUCCAUUCCUAUUGAUUUCCCCCGUUAUUACCAAACAUGGCAAUUUUUAAAUCGAACACAUUCUACUACUUAUCAUAAUCAUCAGCCAGAGAUCUGGUUCAAGGUUAUUUUUCAAAUGACCAGGUAACAACUAGUCAUCCACUAGCAUAAAUAUUCCCUAUCUAUCGAGUCUAAAUUCGACCACUAAUAUAUAGGCUGAGAAUUUAAGUGGAUUGAUAAAUUAGCUUUAUUUCUCACCGUCGUACGCUCUUAUCGUAGCAAACACUGGAUAAUUUGACGGACAUUUUUUUCAUCGGAAGAAAGCCGCCCUCUCCUCCUAGUAAAUAGUGAUGAAGCCACAUAGCAUGAUAAUACAUGAUGUUCAUUUCAAAAAUAAAAAAAAGGUUCUGGAGAGCUAUUCAAUCAUUCAACUAUGCAUGAACCAAAACUUAAUGAGCUGCCGGAUAAUGUACAGGCAUGUUACAUUCCUACUGUUUGGGCGUAUAUAUAGCAUCGUGAUUACAUGAUAUAUCACUAUUGACUAUAUCUGUGUUCUAAAAAGCAUCACUAGAUAUACUCCGUUAUUGUUGUUGUUUUGCCUAUAUCCUAUUUACCAUUCAUCCUUUCUUUCCAAUAAUAUAGGUGCAGGUUAUUGUGAGAUGAAAUUAAUACAGCGUCUUGUUCGUGGUGUAUGGCUACCAGCAACUAAUGAAUUUCUCCAUCCCACUUUGUAAGAUUUAGUUUCUCUAAACAACGCAUGACUUUCUGCAUGGAUCUACCUGGAAUGGGAGAUGUAUUAGCUCUUAGUAGUUUAUAGUUUAUUCCUCCUGGUUCCUAGAUAGUAUUUAAUCAUUCCUAUUUUGUUUUUCUGUCAAUAAAAUGUUUUAGCACUACAAAAAUUUCGUUACUUGCCGCUAUUGCAUAUUAUUGUCAUCAUUUGGAUAUAAUACCGUUACCGGAAAAUCAAUUAUUCCUAGUUAUAAUGACUUUGUUUGUUUAUCUCAGGUAAGCUAAUAACGUUCAUAGUUCGUUGUUUUAAAUUUUAUGUAAGGAUAAUUCGUUUUCAGUGUAUUUUUUCUAGCUUGUAUUCUUCACUCUCUCCCUGUAUUUUUUUCUAGAAAACCUUGUUUUUAAUCAUUUUUUCUUGUUUGCUUAAUAUUUAUGAUUAUGAAAAAGUGCAUUUUCCUCAACCAAAUUUCCAUACAACAUUUGCAAACAUUAAAGAUUUCAUUUUGGUAAACUCUAUGCAGAGGUUAAACGGUAUGUUAGUGAGUGAAUAAAACAUUUGUAUACAAUUUUUUAGUUUAGAACUGAUAUGGUUGGCAUCAUAAAUCCAUUCUCUAAAUUCCAUAUUUUUCGGUAUGGGGAUUUGGGAAGUUGGAAUCAUGAGUCGGUCUAAGCUAGACCACCAUUCAAAACACUGACGGCCGUUUCGUCCUAGAAUGGGACUCUUUAGUAGUGAGCAUCCACGGUCUCGCACGCGGGACUCCAAGCCGGGGUCUUCGGUCUCGCGCGUGAACCCUUAACCUCUAGACCACUGAGCUGGCAUCUAACAGUGUUAAUGUCUAACUUCAAUCGAUCAAUGAUCUUCACAACCCCUUUAUCCAUUGUCUGAUGUGGACUAUUAUAUCAAAUUGUUUUGGUCGAAUGUUUGUGUUACCCUAGUGACUGACUUGUUUGUUCUUUUUCUUUUGGAAUGAUUCAUAUGAUCUUAAUUGUAUAUAACAAUGAAUUCUUCAAACCCUUUAUAUUUUUACGACGUGUCAUAUUCUAUCCAAAGUGUCUAGAAACUCAUUAUUUAUCUUGAAAGGUGUGUUGAGUUGUCGAAUAUCUUGGAAAUAUUUAUCAUAUGAAUAUAUAAUUACAAUGUUGAAUUUUAUUUCACAGAUAUUAUUGUAGCGAACGAACACUCAGGUGGAGAAGAUCAAUUUAUCGUUUAAUGUAAAAUUACAGAUUACUUUCAUAGAAUAAGAAAACCUUACAUUAGGUACAUGAUUUGCACAUCUUCCAUCAGUUGUCUUUUACGUGAUUCCUGAUUCUUUCAAUUUCGUUGUUAUUACAAUUCUUUUAUAUUUCCCUUUCUGUUUUUUUCUCAAUUUAAUCUUCCCAAUCUUCGCCAGACAUACAUUCCAUUUCCGACUGUGUUACAUACUACUUGUAUCUGUCAACAUAAGUAGCAUACACAUUGUUUUCAAAAUUCAAAGUAAAAAAUAAGUCUAGUGAUGUUAGUGUAAAUAGUUUUAAAGUAUUUUUCAUUUUCAAUAGCUUAAGUAUUCAUGUGAAUGUUUUAAUUUCAAAAGUUAGUACUUUCAAAAAGACUCGUAACAUUAUGCUUAUAUAUUCAAAAACACUUGUACGAAGUUCUAUAGCGAUUAUUUGCUUGAAGUUUUAACAUCAAUAUCAUUUACCGAUCGUUUUGAAUUAAGUGACGAAUAUCUAAUGAAAUAACAGAAUUUUGAUCCAAUUACUAAAGUGUUUCAUGUAUUUAGUGCUUAAUGAUGAUCAUUUAGUCCAAUACAUUCAGAAGUAUGUGAAUUAAAAUUAUUUAUAUGGCAAGUGUAAUUGCGUAUGUGAUUUGCAAACGCCCUUUGUGAUAUGCUUUUUUCUACCUACAUUAUUUAGUUUUUAUCUGAUUGAUUAACAGUCGUGCAUAGUUGUUGUAAUAAUCUUGAAGUAUCUGUAUACUUCUUCAUUCUCAGAAUUACUAUGAUUCUACUGGGCUUAAAAGAUCCAUUUGUACCGUUUGAGAAUGCUGUUUGUAAGCUGUUGUUUGGUGGUACUGUCGACGCUAUUCGUAGUGCUUUUGAACGUAGUCGUAGCAAGGCAUCUGAAGCUAUGCCUUCAAAUUUGUCAAAUGUUAGUGGAACAACCUCUUCAUCAACUGCCAAUAUGACUGGGAAUGCAAAUUUCUCUUCAACUAGUACGGGGACAGGACAAAGCAGUCAAGGUUUACCUAAUAGUAAUGCAAACAGUUUCAAUUCAAGUGGUCUACGUGACGCUGCCAAUCGUCAAACACCAUCUUCAGGUGAUAAAAAACGUGACUAGUAUUAUACCAAACAAAAUAUCUUGUAGACUUACCUGUUUUAUCUGUCACCUCUAAAUGCUUCUUUCUUCAAGGGAAUAUUAUCCAUAUUCCAAAAUUCAUACCUUAGUUGGGUAUGUUAUGUAAAUUAGAUCUCUUCUUUCUGUAUGUCCUUGCAUUUAUCCAUGAAUGUUUACAUGAUGAACAAAGUUAAUGUUUGUUUCUAGAUUGAUUUGUUGUUCAGUUAAAUGUUAAUUCUUUCACUAAAUUAUACAUUUCACAUAACUAUUGUUUUAUGCAUCUUCUAUACUUUAAGUCUUAUAGUUCCACAAUUUGUUUCUCCUCUUUUCUUGUAUUGUGGAACUAAAAUACAAAUCAGUUAAGUGUAGUAAGUAUACGCCUACGUGUACGUUCCACUGCGUUUCGUUCUUUUUACAUUUCUUCGCCGUUUCCCACUAGAUUUCUGUAACGUUGAGUUUUUAUUUUACAAACUGUCCUAUUCUUGUUGUUAUUCUCCUUGUAAUUCAUUUUGUUUACACUUCUAAUUACCCGAUUUAUCAAUUUGUCGGUUGUUCUUCCAAUCCUUUUCCCCCUCCCAUAUCUAUCCCAUUCCUCCUAAAUGUAUCUCUCUAUACUUUACUGUUACUAUACUCCUCAAGGCCUUAAUUAAAAUUGAGAUUAGUUUGAUUGUUCGAUAGGAUCUCAGUUUUUUGUCUGUUUAUUCUAUAAAUUGGAAAUUUGUAUACAAGUCAGUUUUUCUUUUAGAGAAAAUAAUACUGUUCAAUUGUAAAUGAUAAUAAGGAACUUGGUUAGUAGACUGGUGUUAAAUGUGAAGAAUGUUAUGCUCUUACAAAGUGUGGAUCGUUAAUCUGAAUAAAGUUAAUCCAACCUAUUUAGUUAAAUAUAACUUAGAUUAUGACAUAGAUGUACAAAUCGAUCAAGGUACCGAGCUUGAUAUCAGAAAACAAGGCGAAAUUAACUAGGCUAAAUGCUGAAAAGUCGAUGUAAUGUUCCUAAGUAUCAGAGAGGAUUACAUGUGCUAAGUGUAAUUAUAGGAAAACGUAUGAAAUCAGUGGAAAUGGAAAGUAUGAAUAAAUAGCAAAACUCGAAAUUUAUCACUGAGUUGUAGACCAUAACGAGUGAUGUCCGAAAUUUGAUAUCGAUACACGACGUGCUACAUGUUAAUCCUCACUUGACUGCUUGAGUAGGAACGCAAGAGUGGACAGAAAAGUAUAUUGGGCUACAGAAUAAAAUGCACAAAUACUCAUAUAUAACUCUACGUCUUAGAAAACCAGUCCAUUUCUUGGUCAAUGAUAUGCACUUGUCCUUCGGGUCACUUCUGAUUACCAUUGAUUGGCAUUCGACUACAUCUGACUGCCUCGCCAUUUUAAAACUGCAAAUUACGAUCAUAAUACGGACCUCAACCAGGUAUGAUGCAUCUCGCGCUACGGGCUUAACCCAACUGACAGUAAUUUUAUGAACUGAUCUGCCCAUCCAACUCCAUUUUAAGUAUACUAUCACGUUACCCGGGAGAGCAAAACAGGAUGGUUAGUGGUUGUUCAUAUGUGACCUAUGUCUAAAAGACUCGAUUGAAGAAGGUUUGUACCUCAGCCCUACGUUCUAUUUUAAGAUUAUUUUUCGGGCAAUUGUGC